CGAAAAGUGCUCGGAUUAUUUUGGUAUUCAUAAUAUUUACUAUUUAAGUGACGGUUCCCGUCCCAAAGAGCUUUUGUCUGAACUGAGAUACAAGCGACUUGCCCGAGAGCCGCUUCGUAAUUCAGGGAAAACCAAAAGUGUCAACGCAACGAACAAGUUCGAAAACAGUGUCCAAGGUAAAUCGUAAUUUGAGCCGAUCUCAGCUUGCUUCCAUAUCGGAGCAGAAGUUUGUUGGAGAAUUUCGCAAAUCAGAACUCAUUCAACUGGCGACGGAAGCGGAACGAGAUAAAAUCCCAGUGCAUUUGCAAAAUAUUUUAAAAUGAAGGUCUUUCUUUGGGCUUUCUCGGCUUUAUUAGGCUGUAUUUCGCAGCAGGCAUUAGCAAAAACAUUUGCCAAUGAAUACAUAGACCUACUAGACUUUAGAGAUAACGAUGAGUUCCAAUGGGGCGAAUCAGAAAACGCUCUUUAUAGCCACCAAAAUAGCAGUGGGGUCGUGAAUUUUCUGUCUCAACAUCGUCUUAACAAGCGGCAGGCUCCAACCUCGCAAUUGUUGGAAAACAAGGAUUAUGGUCCGUGCAGUACUCCUUUGGGGGAAUCCGGUCGGUGUCGCCACAUUAUCUACUGCCGCAUGCCAGAACUCAAAAACGAUGUCUGGCGUUUGGUCUCCCAGCUUUGUAUUAUUGAAAAGAGUUCUAUAGGCAUUUGUUGCACAGAGCAGGCGACCAGCAACCGCUUUAGUCCCCAGAUCGUGACUAAUCCGGACCAGGACGAGCCGCGCAUCGUCAACCAGCCUGAGCAACGCGGCUGUGGGAUAACCUCCAGACAGUUCCCGCGGCUAACCGGCGGACGACCUGCCGAGCCGGACGAGUGGCCCUGGAUGGCUGCCCUGCUGCAGGAGGGGCUGCCCUUCGUGUGGUGCGGUGGUGUCCUGAUCACCGACCGUCAUGUCCUCACUGCUGCCCACUGCAUCCACAAGAAGAGCAAGCAGGACAUCUUCGUUCGCCUGGGCGAGUACAACACGCAUAUGCUGAACGAGACGCGGGCGAGGGAUUUCCGCAUUGCCAACAUGGUCCAUCACAUCGAUUACAAUCCGCAGAACUACGACAAUGAUAUUGCCAUUGUCAGAAUCGAUCGGGCCACUCUGUUCAACACAUACAUCUGGCCAGUUUGCAUGCCGCCCGUGAACGAGGACUGGUCGGAUAGGAAUGCCAUUGUCACCGGAUGGGGCACCCAGAAAUUUGGCGGACCUCAUUCAAACAUCCUAAUGGAGGUUAACCUGCCGGUGUGGAAGCAGUCUGACUGCCGGGCGUCCUUUGUGCAGCACGUUCCGGACACCGCAAUGUGCGCGGGAUUUCCAGAAGGCGGUCAGGAUUCCUGUCAGGGAGAUAGCGGAGGUCCACUGCUCGUGCAGCUACCCAACCGACGCUGGGUUACCAUUGGCAUCGUGUCCUGGGGCGUCGGCUGCGGAGAGCGCGGACGUCCGGGUAUUUAUACGCGUGUGGAUCGCUAUCUGGACUGGAUUCUGGCCAACGCAGACGUCUAAAGUAUACGCAGUUCUGGCUUCUGUUCGUCAGUACAUUCAAUUUACUUGGCAUUAGUUUAUCAAAUGCUAUGGUCUAAAUACACUAAUUAACCUGAUAACGAUCGAUAUCAAUAAACUAUGAACACCCGUACAACCCCCAA